UCACUGUCAACAAAGCUGUUGUGUUCAUUUGUGAGCGCGUGUUUUGGUUUUGAAGAAUUUUAUUUUAGGUUGUUCAUGUUCUUAAAUCAAGACAUUAUAAUAAAUGCAUAAUUUUUAUACGAAAAAUUUGUAUACACUCAAUUGGCCAUGAAGUUUAAUUAUAAGUUUCAAAAUUUGCUGGGCACAGUCUAUCGGAGAGGAGAUAUACUAUUUACAAAUGAUGGAAAUUGUGUGAUCAGUCCUGUUGGCAAUAAAAUUACAGUAUACAAUCUUAAACAAAACAAAAGCAACACACUACCGAUCGAGAGUCAUUUUAAUUACACUGCCAUUGAUGUCUCCCCAAAUGGAUCUGUUCUCCUUGCAAUUAAUGAAAAGGGUGAAGCGCAAAUGAUAAGUCUGCAAACAUGCACCGUCAUACACAGGUACAAGUUCAAGCAGCAAGUGAAUGCAGUCAAGUUUAGCCCCGAUGGAAACCUGUUUGCAGCAUGCUGUGAUGACACGGUGUUCAUAAUGACAGCACCAAGUAGUUUCACGGGCGAGUUCCGUUCUUUCAUAAUGAAGCGCGUAUUCAAAAAGGCACACGACGAAGUCACUUGCCUGGACUGGUCGACUUGCGGCAAGCUACUUGCUGCUGGGUCCAAAGACACCACCACCAAAAUAUACACCUCAGAGUACCUCGAUAACAUCAACAUGUACUCCUUAAGUGGCCACACGGAUAAGAUUGUGGGUGUCUUCUUUGAACAGAAGAGUUUGGACCUUAUUACUGUUAGUCGUAAUGGCCAGGUUUGCUUGUGGGAGGCUAGUAUAGAUUCGGAGGAUCUGGUGACGUCAGCGGUUCAAAUAUCGCAUCAGAAACGGAGGAAGCUCCAGAAGGAAGCGGAGUUGGAAGACGAUGAUGUUGAUGAACGGAAUGUUAUUGAGAAGGACAAAGAAUAUGAAAGUGAUGAAGACGCGAACAUGGGGCCUGAAAAAGAUAAAAAGGACGUAAAAGAAGAUGAAAAGAGACUGCUAUAUAAGAAGUUAGGGCGACACUAUGUUGGCGACGCGAUACGAAAUGCGGACUACAAAUGUAGGGUGUCUGCGGCCGCCUAUCAUAAGAGCACUAAGAUAUUGGUUACAGGUUUCUCAACCGGCAUAUUCUUCCUGCACGAGAUGCCGGACGUGAAUCUAAUCCACACGCUCAGUAUAUCGGAGCACAGGAUUAGCAGCAUCGCAAUGUCUGGUCAGGGAGACUGGAUAGCGUUCGGAUGUCCCAACAUAGGACAGCUGCUUGUAUGGGAAUGGCAGAGUGAACAAUAUGUGAUGAAGCAGCAAGGCCACGCGCUAGACAUGACCUGCCUCGCGUACUCACCCGACGGCCUCUACAUCGUGACGGGCGGGUACGACGGCAAGGUCAAGGUGUGGAACACGACCUCUGGCUUCUGCUUCGUGACCUUUGGGGAGCACAAGUCCACGGUCACCAGUCUGGUGUUCAGCGCCAAUAAGAAGUUCUUUGUUUCCUCGUCGUUGGAUGGGACUGUGAGGUGUUAUGAUCUUACGAGGUACCGCAACUUCCGAACUCUGACUUCACCGAGCCUUGUUCAAUUCGGAUGUGUGGCCGUGGACUCGAGCAGCGAGCUGUGUGCCGCGGGUGGACAGGAUGUGUUCGAGAUAUUCGUUUGGUCCAUCAAGUUUGGCAAGCUUCUUGAGGUACUAGCAGGCCAUGAAGCCCCAGUAGCAAGUCUGGCCUUUAGUCCAAACCUGUCCAGCUCGCGCCUCGCUUCAGCCUCGUGGGACAAGACCGUCCGAUUGUGGAACUGCAUUGAAACCAGCUCUGACUGUGACACUAUACGGCUGACGUCGGACGCCUUGCAAGUCGCCUUCAGGCCUGAUGGUGAAGAGAUCGCGGUAUCGACACUAGACGGUAACAUAUCGUUCUUCAAUGUGGUCACAUCGGAUCAGACGGGGAGCAUUGAGGGCAGAAAUGAUCUGGGAUCCGGCAGAGCGGACACGGACCUGGUGACUCCUGGAAAACUGCUCAAAACCAAGGCGUUUACGACUAUUUGCUAUUCGGCGGACGGGUCUGCCAUCCUCGGCGCGGGCAACUCCAAACACGUGUGCUUGUAUAGCGUCAAGGAAUCCGUCCUUAUCAAGAAGUUUGUCAUCACGCAGAACCGAUCUUUGGAUGCUGUCAACGACUUCAUAAACCGCCGCCUUCUAACGGAAUUCGGCAAUAUGGCACUCGUAGAAAAUAGGGAGGAGUUGGAAGGGGGUGACGUCAACGUGAGACUGCCGGGAGUGAAGGCGGGAGACAUGGCCGAUAGGAGAGUUAAACCUGAGGUGCGAGUGCACUGCGUUCGCUUUUCGCCAACGGGCGAGAGCUUCGCGGUCGCUGCAACAGAAGGUCUUUUACUCUACAGUCAGAACGCCGGCAUGGAUGGUACUUUCAGGCCAUACCGAUUAGAGACUGGUUCAACCCCACUAGCGGUCAAACGGCUGCUGGAAGAGAAAUCCUGGGGCCCCGCGCUAAUAGGGGCCUUGCAGUUGAACGAACAUGACGUCAUUCAACAGUGCGUUGAGGCCGUGCCACCUAUUGACAUUGGAUUAACCGUUGCAAGCCUAGAAGAGGACUACGCACACCGCCUUCUGAGUUCGAUAGCGCGUCUUCUAGAAGACAGCAGACAUUUGGAGCACCUUCUACUGUGGGUCAAGAGUAUUGUGACGGCGAGGAAGAAGUUCCCUCAAAGCGUACUUCUGGCGUUGGAGAAAGUUCUUACCGUGAAAUACUCGCAGCUCAGUAAAAUAUGUGACUUCAACAAGUACACAAUUCGCUGUAUAAAGUCAGUGGGCGAGCUGUCUCCGAAGCAGGAAGACGUGGCCAUGGACUCGGAGAACUCCAGCGGACGAGGCACCUUCUCUGGCGAUGAUACUGACUAAAUAUAUGAUUAAUUUU